AUGAAUAAAAUUUUAUCAAAAUCAUUUAGAUAAGUUCACAGUUAUUGGAUAUCUAAGUCUUAUACUACGGCUUAAGAAAUUCAACUUUGCAGUUCAAGACUAGAUUUAGCUCGUGACGAUUUAGAAUCAGAAGAGUUGACCACCUUGAUUUGCACUUAAUUAGAUCCAACCAAACUGAUUGAUAUUUACAACAGAUACAAACAUUAAUUUACUGAUCGUCAUCUAUUGUAGAGUUUAAAAAUCACAGCCAAAAUGCAAGGAAUGUACAGCUUACCAAUCCAUAAUGAUUAUUUCAAUGAAUCCUAUUAAAAUCUAAUAAGAUAAUUCAACCAAUAUAUAUCCACCCUAAAUAAUCUAGAUCUUGGUGACUUCAUAUAUUGGUAUAAGAAACUAUACUAUGACAAACUUAGUGCAGAAUACCUAAAUUCUGUGGAUCGUAAAUAAUUGCAAUAAAUUACUAAAAAGUACAUUGAAGAAAAUUAGUUCCUACCAAGGUAAUUAAACAUGAUAUAUGAAUGUGUAGAAAUGAUCUUCCCAAAUGAUGAAUUCCUAAACAAAUUUUACAUUGAUUAUGUCUUUUCUACCAACGAUAUCACUAUUAUUUAACUCAUGCAAUUUCUAACCUCUAUAAAUAAGAAAUUCAUAUUAAAGAAGAGAGUUGACCUCUAUAGUAUAUUGCAAGCUUUAAACUACUCGAAAAAUAUGCGCAAGAGUUUUGAUGUUGAUCAAUAUGCCUUUAUGACCAAGACCUUCAUUAACAUGAGACUAAAAUAUCAUAUAACAGAGAAAUAGUAUCUGGAAUAAUUAGAUGAUAAAUUUGAAUAUACCAAAUAGAAUGUUAAAUACUUAGAAUCAGGAUCUAUUAUUGCCAUCCUAUAGAAUUGCAAAUAUUCAAAUCCUGAAGAAUACAAAUCACUUUUGCUGCUCAUACAUGAGUAAGUUCAAUAAAUGUUACAAAAAUAUGAAGAUCAAUAAUGUAUUCUUAAUUUUGAUUUCUUAAUUUAAUAUUUGUAGAAUUUGAUACAAGCUGAUUACAUAGAUAAUAAAGAUGUUCUCAAACUUGAAUCUGCUUGUUUAAACUUGCUUAAGGAAAAUUAUAAUAUAUCAAAUGUCAAUUAAAUGUCAAUAUACUAUUUAGAAAAAAAGACCAAAUCUCAACCAUUUGUGGAGUAUUUGAAAAUUAUUCUAAAAAAUCUUACAAUUUAGAAUAUAAACUUAAACAUUAAAAAUCUUUUAUAUCUUCAUUUUAUUUGUGAAGUUGAUAUUUCUCCCUAUUUAGAAAACCUAAAUAAUUAGAAUUUCUUUGAAGAAAACUAAUAUGAUAUUUAAAUAUCCAAGACAUCCAUCGUUAAUCUGAUUAUACUAUUUGAAGAAUAUCCAUCAAUACAACUUCCUUAAUAUAUUGGUAAUUAAUAUUAUAAAAUGGGCUCUAUGCCACUACUGUUAGCCUUAUGUAAUUGCUCUUACUUUAGUCCAAAAAUUAGAUAACUUUACACUUUAAAGAUAAAGAGCCUAAGAAAUGAGGAUAGAUUUGAUAAGCGUUUUAGGUAGAAUUUGCUGGAAUCAAUUAAAACCGAAGAAGAUGCUUCUCAUUUAUUUAAAUGGUUUUUUAAAACAAAUAAAUUUUAAUUAAAUACUUCUUUACUUCAAGUUCUAAAUGCAAAUGAAAAUUAUAAUUUAUCUAGGGCUUAAGCAUACUUUUUGUAUUUAGUAAUUCAAAGUUCUAUUGAUGUUUUAAACAUAGAGAUAAUAAUAAAUUAAUUAACUUACCAAAACAAAUUAUUUGAUCAGCUACUAUAAAUAGACUCAGAAAUUAUUAAUUAAAUCCUUGCAUAGUCCUAUAAAUUCAAUGAAGGGCAAGGCACAGCCAUUAUGAUUUAAUUAUUAGAGUAAAAGUUUCCAGAUAAUUUGAAAUAAUUCAAUAUCCCUUAACAUUUAAUGUUAAACUAUUAAGAACUUUAAGAAUACGAUACAAAUUUCAUUUUAAUGAUGAUUAAGUAUAAUUGUUAUCCCCUGAAAGAUAGUUUAAAGAUUUUCAAUAAUUUAAUUAAUUUUUCAUAGAAUGAAUUGAGAUUGUUUGUACUCUAUUUAGAGAUGAGUUAAACAAUAGGAUUAGAGAAAAUGCAUUCUUAUAUUUUGAAAUAAAUAAAAAAACUAAAUGAAACCUAUAUUAUAUAAAUAUAAUGA